AUGGAUGCCAAGGCCCACGAAGGCAGCUAUUGGCUGAGCUAUCAAUGGCACCAACUCAAGGAACAGGAGCAUGCUAGACCAGUUUUGACGGCAGUUGUGGUGGUGCUCCUCACCUAUGUGCUUUACACUGUCAUGUAUGCUACCGAUAUUCCUCACAUCAAGGGUAUGCCAGAGAUUCCUGGCGCUAUUCCUAUGUUCGGACAUCUUCUCAAGCUCGGUGAGGAUCAUGCUACGGUUUGCGAAAAAUGGUGGCGCCAGUACAACCACUCUGUCUUCCAGAUCAAGCUGGGGAAUACAAGGGCCGUCGUUGUCAACUCGUUUGAUGACUGCAAGAAGAUGCUACUCGGUAGCCAGAAUGCAGUAAUUGACCGCCCCAAGCUCUACACCUUCCACGGUGUCAUCAGCAGCACCCAGGGCUUCACCAUUGGAUCUUCGCCCUGGGACGAGUCCUGCAAAAAGAAGCGCAAGGCUGCUGGUACUGCUCUGGGUCGGCCUGCCUUGAGGAACUACUACCCCAUGUUUGACCUGGAGAGCUACUGCAUCCUACGAGACAUGAAAAAGGACAGCCGCGACGGUGAGAUCGAGAUUGACAUUCGCCCUUACAUCCAGCGUUACGCACUCAACACCACCUUGACGCUCUGCUACGGUAUCCGUAUGGACGCUGUCUACGACGAACUGCUCCGUGAGAUUCUCCAUGUGGGAUCGUCUAUUUCCCUAUUGCGUAGCGCCUCCGAGAACCUGCAGGAUUACAUCCCGGCGCUUCGUUAUCUUCCCAACAACGAGAAGAAUACCCGUUCAAAGGACCUUCGUGCGCGACGUGACACCUAUCUAGACCUCCUCUUGAACAAGGUCCGUGAGAUGAUCAAGAAUGGUACGGAUAAGCCUUGCAUCUCUGCUGCUAUCCUCAAGGACCAGGAGACUAAGCUCUCCGGCGUCGAAGUCUCUUCAAUAUGCUUGUCUCUGGUGUCCGGUGGCUUCGAGACUAUUCCCGGGACUUUGACCUCCUGCAUUGGAUCUCUCUCAACCGAAGAAGGACAGGCAUGGCAGGAUCGGGCCUACGAGGACAUUAAGCGACACUACCCUGACGACCGCGAUGCCUGGACUAGCUGUUUCAAAGAGGAGACAAUUCCCUACAUCAAUGCCAUUGUCAAGGAAGCUGGCCGAUACUACACCGUCAGCUCCAUGAGUCUUCCCCGAAAGACUGUCUCCGAGGUCAACUGGAAUGGUGCUGUCAUCCCUCCUAAGACUAUGAUCUUGAUCAAUGCCCAAGCGGGUAACCAUGAUGUCGAUCAUUUUGGACCUGAUGCUGGAAGCUUCAACCCUGAGAGAUGGCUCAAGACCCUCAAUCCUCCCGCAGAGGCUGAGAGCAGCGGCUUGGGUCACUUGAGCUUCGGCACUGGUUCUCGUGCUUGUUCGGGCCAGUACCUCGCCUCUCGCCUCUUGUACUCCGCGUUGGUGAGGAUUUUGUUGUCCUACAAGAUCGUCGCGAGUAAGGAGAGCCCGCCAAACACUGACUAUGUUGAGUACAACCAGUUCAAGACGGCGCUGGUUGCCAUCCCAAGGGAGUUCAAGGUCAAGCUCAUUCCCCGUGACGCGGCCAUGACAUCCGAGUGCCUGGAUCUUGCUGAGGAGAGGACCCGGGAGCACUACAAGGAGUAA